AGUCUACAAUCAGCUAAAAAAUUGGUUACCUCCUUUGAUUUAUAUCAACGCCCCGGAAUUUAUCUGAACGGAGCGCUUGUCUUCGGCCCGGGUGGUGUCCUUCUUAGCGAGAGUACCUGCCCUUCGCACUUGGUCUUAGAAAUGAUGGCUUUCGUGCAGGGCUGCCAAGGGAGAGCCGCUAUUAACAUAUCUUGUGGAGACAAAUUUUAUGCUCCAGAUCCUUCGGAGUCCUCAUGGUCUACUUACCUUCACCGCGAAUAUGGAGACCCUUGCCCGUUGCCGUUGAAGCUUGGCUACGACACUCAGGAAGAGGAUCUUCCCGCGUGUCAUUUGCUUCACAUUGUGUCAUCCCCGAAGUAUCUGGAUGAAAUUCUGCCGGAAAUUUAUGGGAUUUGCUCUCGGUACGAUGUUGCUCUUGCCAAGAGUUUGCCUACGGAUGUCUCGAUCACUUGCGCUGUAGCCACUAAGGGUCAAGGUCUUGAACUGCUCUGCAGGCAUCUCGGGGUUGACCCUGGAACAGACGUUCUUGCGCUGGGAGACAGUCCAAACGACCUGCCAAUGCUGCAGAAAGCCGCCGUAAGCAUCGCGAUGGGCAACGCUACCGACGAGGUUAAGAGAGUGUCCUGUGCUGUGACAAAUGCGAACGGGCACGAAAUAAACGGCGUCUACUACGUUUUAAAGACGUUGAUCUCAAUAAAAAAAAAGUUUACUGAAGAAAAUGCUUUGUGUUGAUAUCAAUAAAUUUGUUAAAUCUGAAAAAGGAAAUUUUUUCUUAUACAUAAUUGCUUGAGGUUGCAAGGAACUC